AAGUGAGUUAAGCACUCUUCUCAUUGGGAGUUCACUUGAGCAUUCUGCAGAAUAUCUUCCAUUCCCACGUACCAGUUUUCAUCCUAGUUGCCUUAGUUCAAGAGAAUGGAUCCUCAAGAAAUGUCACUAUCGCCUCCUGCUACCGACUCAUCAUCAUCAACCUUUCUCCAACCUCCCGGAGUUGCUGCGGCGGCUCAACAAACUUCUACCCUUAUGCCAAUCCAAUUGACCAAGGAAAAUUAUUUACUGUGGAAAUCAUUGUUCAUUCCCGUUCUGAGGGCCUCUGACAUGUUAAAUCUCGCAGAAGGAAGAGAGAAGUGUCCACCACAAUUUUUGACUGAAGAGAAAGAAAAAGAAGGCGAAAACCCAGCUUAUACCAAUUGGAUCAAGAGGGACCAAAGAUUUCUGACUUGGAUCAAUUCAAGUUUAUCUGUGAGCCUACUCAGAUACACAGUGGAAAUCACGAGUGGACGAGCUCUGUGGUUACACUUGGAAAAGCUGCUCGCUGAAAAUGCAACAACUCAUCUACUUCAGCUCAAGGAUCGUCUAAAAAACCUGGACAAGCGUCACUUGACGGCGAAGGAAUACCUAGAAAGAGCUAAACAAAUCGCCGAUGACCUAGAAGCAGCAGGGUCGCCUGUUGAUGAUUCUGAAUUUGUUUCUUGCGUCCUAAAAGGACUUCCGAAUUUAUAUGACGGCUUUGUUGCCUCCAUCAGGGAUCGACCUGAGCCCGUAACUCGAGAACAAUUGCAGGACUCACUUCUAAGAUAUACACCUCCUACUAUUGUCUUUAUGCUCAGGUUUUUUAUAUUUGGCUGUUUGGCGCUGAUCUCGUUCCUUUUUUUUGAGAUAUUCUCAGCAGUUAGUGAUGAUUAUUCUCAAAAUAGAAGAAACGAUCAUUGAUGAUUAAUCAUGUUUUUCAA